UCGAAUACAGCGCGUUUUAGUUGUGUACAUGCGUACCUGUCCAACGGGAGCUACGCUCAUGCUGAAAUAAAGAUUAAGUCACUGUCGCUGCUCGAGAUGGCCACCGUAGAGAAAGAAACCCCCGCUAAGAAGGCUGCAGCGCCGUCUGUGUCUCAGAUAAAUGCAGAAUAUGUCACGCAGUUGGCUAAUAAAUAUUGGGCUCCUCAUGCAAAGAAUAAACUACCAUUUGACCCUAAGGUGAUGGAAGAUGUUUAUGACAAAGAGAUCCUCAAGUCUAAAUUUGCCAUCAGAAAAAUUAUGCUGCUUGAAUUCAGCCAAUACCUCGAAAACUACCUGUGGGUGAACUACUCUCCUGAGGUGUCCAGCAACGCCUUCCUUAUGUCCAUUUGUUGCAUCGUCAAUGAGAAGUUUAGAGAGAAUGUUCCAGCUUGGGAGGUGUUCAAGAAGGAACCCAACCAUUUCCCAUUCUUCUUCAAAUGUGUGAUGGAAGCUGUGUUGGCAGGCGAGGAGGCUGGCCUCACUCUGAAAGAACAAACUGUGCUCCUGGUCUUCCUGGACCACUGCUUCAACAGUCUGGAGGUGGAUUUGAUCAGAGAGCAGGUGCAGCAGCUCAUCUCUUUGCCUAUGUGGCUGUGCCUCAUACCAUCCAGACUCCAACACGAGUUGAAGAAAGUUCCAAAGCUGCAGAAGUUUUGGAAUCUAAUCAAGAAGAAAUUUGAUAAGAUGGAUGCUGACGCAGCUGAGCAGGCAACCAAGGAAAGGACCUUUCUCUCAGCUCUCAUUAAAAAGUUUCUUGCAGUGCUCACGUCAAUUCCACCAUCAGGGCCUGUAACCAUGGACAAAGUGCAUUACUGCGAGAGAUUCAUUGAGCUCAUGAUUGAUUUGGAGGCACUGCUGCCCACCAGGCGCUGGUUCAAUACAGUCCUGGAUGACUCUCAUUUGGUGGUCAGCUGCCACCUGUCCAGCCUCACCCACAGAGAAAAGGAGGGACACCUCUUCUGCCAGUUGCUGGACAUGCUGAAGUUCUACACUGGUUUUGAGAUCAAUGACCAGACAGGAAAUGCCUUGACUGGGAAGGAGAUGACCACUUUGCACUAUGACAGAAUCACCUCACUGCAGAGGGCGGCCUUUGCUCAUUUCCCUGAGUUGCACGACUUUGCUUUGGCCAACGUAGCAGCAGUCGACACUCGAGAAUCCUUGACCAAACACUUUGGGCAUCUAAGUCCCAACAUGCUCCACCAGGUGGCCUCAUAUCUGUGUCUGCUGCCAGAGCUGUCUGAAGGGCAAGAUACCACCAUUGAGAAAGAGGUUCUGCUUGAGUUGCUGGUUUCCCGUCAUGAGCGCAGAAUCUCUCAGAUUGAGCAACUUAACCAGAUGCCCCUUUAUCCAACAGAGAAGAUAAUCUGGGAUGAGAACAUUGUCCCAACAGAGUACUACUCAGGCGAAGGUUGCCUGGCUCUACCAAAGCUGAAUCUCCAGUUCCUGACCCUACAUGACUACCUGUUGAGGAACUUUAACCUCUUUCGUCUAGAGUCCACCUAUGAAAUCAGACAGGACAUAGAAGAUGUAGUGUGGCGUAUGAAACCAUGGCAAUCAGAGUAUGGAGGGGUGGUGUUCGGGGGCUGGGCUAGGAUGGCUCAGACGAUCACCUCCUUUUCCAUAGUCGAGGUUGCCAAGCCCAACAUUGGAGAGAGCUGGCCUGCCCGUGUUCGUGCCGAUGUCACCAUUAACCUCAAUGUACAAGAUCACAUAAAGCAUGAGUGGGAAGGUCUGCGGAAGCACGACGUUUGCUUUCUGAUCACGGUGCGGCCCAACCUGCCCUACGGCACGCGCUUCGACCGACGUCAGCCUUUUGUGGAGCAGACUGGCCUUGUGUACGUGAGAGGCUGCGAGGUGCAGGGCAUGCUGGAUGACAAGGGCCGCGUCAUUGAGGAAGGACCUGAACCAAAGCCAAAGCUGCGAGGAGACGCCAGAACGUUUCGUGUAUGGCUGGACCCAAACCAGUAUCAGCAGGACAUGACCAGCAGCAUUCAGAGUGGCACUGAAGACCCAUAUGAGACGUUCAACAUCAUCAUGAGACGCAAGCCCAAGGAGAACAAUUUCAAGGCAGUGCUAGAGACCAUCAGAAACCUGAUGAACACAGAAUGCGUUGUCCCAGACUGGCUUCAUGACAUUAUCCUUGGCUAUGGUGACCCAGGCAGUGCCCACUAUUCCAAAAUGCCCAAUCAGAUCUCCACGUUGGACUUCAAUGACACCUUCCUGUCCCUUGACCACUUGAGGUCAUGUUUCCCUGGUUGCACCAUAAAGGUCAUGGAGGAGAAUCCUGAACUGCAGGUCCCCCCUUUCAGAAUCAAGUUUCCCAUCUCAAACAAAACGGACAAAGGGAAGAAGAGAAAGGCUGAUGAAGAAAUAGAAGACAAAGAGGAAGACAUGGCCCUACUUGUUGAACCCUACGUCACCCCCAACCGUGGGCCAUAUCCCUACAACCAGCCCAAACGGAAUACAAUUCAGUUCACUCCAACGCAAAUUGAAGCCAUUCGAGCCGGGAUGCAGCCAGGACUAACCAUGGUUGUCGGACCACCAGGUACCGGAAAGACAGAUGUUGCCGUUCAGAUCAUCUCAAACCUCUAUCACAACUUUCCUGAGCAGAGGACGCUCAUAGUCACACACUCUAACCAGGCUCUGAACCAACUGUUUGAAAAGAUCAUGGCUCUAGACAUUGACGAACGCCACCUUCUGCGUCUGGGCCAUGGAGAGGAGGAGCUGGAGACUGAGAAGGACUUCAGCAGAUAUGGCAGGGUGAACUAUGUCCUAGCCAGAAGACUGGAGCUCCUCAGAGAGGUGGGAAGGUUACAGGAGAGCUUGGAUGUCCCUGGAGAUGUGUCUUACACCUGUGAGACUGCUGGACACUUUUACCUAUACCAGGUGAUAUCUCGCUGGGAAGAGUACAUGAGCAAAGUCAGGCCUAAACAGGGCAAGAAAAUGGACGCGGGGGUGGUUGCUGCACACUUUCCCUUCCACAAGUACUUCUCCAACGCUCCCCAGCCUGUGUUCAAGGGCCGGUCGUAUGAAGAGGACAUGGACAUUGCGGAGGGCUGCUAUCGUCACAUCAAGAAAAUAUUUACUCAGCUGGAGGAGUUUAGGGCCUUUGAGCUGCUGAGGAGUGGGCUGGACCGCUCCAAGUAUCUGCUGGUGAAAGAAGCAAAAAUCAUUGCCAUGACCUGCACACAUGCUGCACUCAAACGUCACGACCUGGUGGAGCUAGGAUUUAAGUACGACAACAUCUUGAUGGAAGAAGCUGCACAGAUUCUGGAGAUCGAGACCUUCAUUCCUCUGCUGUUACAGAACCCAGAGGAUGGCUACAGCAGGCUGAAACGCUGGAUCAUGAUUGGAGACCACCAUCAGUUGCCUCCAGUCAUCAAGAACAUGGCCUUUCAGAAGUACUCCAACAUGGAGCAGUCUCUCUUCACCCGAUUUGUGCGCCUCGGGGUUCCCACCAUCGACCUGGAUGCACAGGGACGUGCUCGUGCAAGCCUGUGUAACCUCUACAACUGGCGCUACAAACACCUUGGGAACCUGCCUCAUGUCCAGCAACUCCCUGAGUUCCAGGUGCCAAACCCUGGCCUGACCUUUGACUUCCAGCUCGUUAAUGUGGAGGACUUCAAUGGGGUGGGAGAAUCUGAGCCCAACCCUUACUUUUACCAGAACCUGGGGGAGGCAGAGUACUGUGUGGCUCUCUACAUGUACAUGCGUCUGUUGGGCUACCCCGCUGACCGCAUCAGCAUCCUCACCACCUACAACGGACAAAAACACCUGAUCAGAGAUGUCAUCAACCAACGCUGUGCUGGAAAUCCAUUCUUCGGCCAGCCAAACAAGGUUACAACAGUGGACAGGUUCCAGGGUCAGCAGAACGACUACAUCAUCCUCUCCCUGGUCCGCACCAAAGCUGUGGGACACCUAAGGGAUGUGAGGCGUCUGGUAGUAGCCAUGUCAAGAGCCAGAUUGGGUCUAUACAUCUUUGCACGUGUUUCACUGUUCCAGAACUGCUUCGAGCUGACUCCUGCCUUCAACCAGCUCACUGCCAGACCACUGCAGCUGCACAUCAGACCACACGAGUACUACAGCCAGGAACAGCCUAGAGAUGCGUCUGGACAGCCAGACCAAAUAGUGAAGAACAUGCCAGAGAUGGCCAACCUGGUGUACAACAUGUACAUGCACAUGAUGCAGACCUCCCAGAAGUACAGACAGCAGCAACAAGAGAAACUGGCUCUGCCUCCACAGCAGACCAAGACAGAUGCUGUGGUUGAGAAAGCACCCACUAGCUCUCAGGAACCACAGGAAGAAACCCCCAUGAAGCAGGAAACCCCGGAAGGAGACGCAAGCUCAGAGCCAAACUCAGAGGACACCAGUGAGAAGGAAGGAAACCAAGAUACAGUAGAGCACGCUAAGAUGCCAGAGCAUCCUGGCAGAGACAGCGACAGCGAUGGGGACAGCGAGGAGGAACAAGAGCAGUAGAGCAUCUAACAUGGGACUACUAUCGAGGGACCAAGUGGAAUCCCAUAAGAGAAAUAUUGAGUCAGUGAUUCUAAAUUAGUUUUCUACUGAAAGGAAAUCCUGAUAUGUCAUUUUUUCUAAAACAGUUGAUUUUUUGUUAUCAUCAGUACUUUAUUAAAAAAAACACAUCCUUUCA